AUGGAUUACAUGUGGGCUCAUACAUUCAAAACAUUCUAUCGACUCCACGAUUUAGCAACUAACUGGGAACAGGCACGACAAAUUUGCGAAGCAGAGGGCACAUCGUUACUAGUACCAGGGUCACUUGAGGAAGUGGAAAACAUAAAACUCCUUAUAAGCAACAUGAAAUCUUAUUAUACUGCAAUAUUUAUUGGAAUACACGAUCAAUUUUCAGAAGGCGACUUUGUCACUAUUAGAGGGGAACCAAUAACAGGAAGUAUUUUGGAAUUACUAUGGGAUGAUGGUCGACCAGAUAACAGAAAUUAUAGUGAAGAUUGUGUGGUUAUGACAAGAGAAGGUCUACUUGACGAUAGGCCUUGCUACGAUAUUUACCCAUUUGUUUGCAAAAUAUUGGGUACUAAAAGUACAUACAAUAAAAUGUGCGAUGGAUUUGAUGUUGGUUAUAAACUUCAUGAUAACAAAAAAUGUUAUAAGUUUCACACUGAGCCAUUAUCAUGGCACGAUGCAUACCUGGUUUGUAUGUUGGAAGAAGGUCGUCUUUGUAUAAUAAACACUCCAGAAGAGGCCAACUUCGUUGUUAGUAUGCUUGGGGAAAAUAUCAACAACAACGCGCCGGAGCCUGAGAUAUUACAUAUAGGCUUUAGUGAUUUGAUGUUCCCGUUUCAAUAUAGAACGAUAACAGGCGAGACACUGGAACAAGCGGGAUAUUCUUCUUGGAGUCCAUUACAAGAAGGGAAGAGAAAGCCGAAAGAAAACAGAUGUGGUGCUAUAUCCAGAACAGGUUUCUUGCAAACUACUUCUUGUCUUAAUCCCGCAAUGUUUCUUUGUGAAAAGUUAGUUAACAAUGAUAAUAAAGCUACCCCUUAG